ACACUAGUUCUUGACUGCAGAGUGCCAGACUCUGGUAAAAAGAUUGUUGAUCAAGAAGCUCAUGGACUACCCUCACGGCCACCACCACCACCACCAUCACCACCGUGAUCAGAGAGAAGAGGAAGAAUAUCCUCCGCCGGCACGACCACCCCCGCCUCCUUUCUACGGCGAAAAUGAGCCCCCGCCACCGUUUCCUCCACCUCCAAAUGUCUACCACACCUCCCACACGGGUCCCGGACCAGACUACUCGCCACCGUUUCCUCCACCUCCACAAGUCUACCACUCCUCCCACACGGGCCCCGGGCCAGACUACUACCCUCCUCCGCCACCACCCACCUUCCCUGAUUACUCUCCGCCGCCACCCCCAGCCGUAGACAGCCCACAUCAUCAUCAUAAUCAUAUGCCCCACUUUCCGUCGGGUUUCGCCCACCACACCCACCACAGUGUCGACGAAUUUGCUAAUAAACCCUCUGUUAAGAUGUACUGCAAGGCGGAAACCAACUACUCCUUGAGUAUACGUGAUGGUAAGGUGAUUCUUGCCCGAUCCGAUCCAUCUGACCCUUUCCAGCAUUGGAUUAAAGAUGAGAAGUUCAGCACGAGAGUGAAGGACGAAGAGGGGUUUCCCAGCUUUGCUUUGAUCAACAAAGCCACUGGACAGGCCAUGAAGCACUCUAUUGGGGCUACCCACCCUGUCCAGUUGAUUCCUUACAAUCCUAAUGCUCUUGAUGAGUCCAUUUUGUGGACGGAAAGCAAGGACCUGGGCGACGGUUACCGAGCCAUAAGGAUGGUGAACAACAUUCGCCUGAAUGUGGAUGCUUUCCAUGGAGAUAAAAACCAUGGCGGUGUUCGUGAUGGCUCUCUAAUCGUUCUUUGGGAAUGGAAGAAGGGUGAUAAUCAACGAUGGAAGAUCGUUCCCUACUGAAACAACAACUGCUGCUGUCUAGCUGCAUUCUUCAUGUUUGCUGGUGUUUCAGUAUCUGAAAUUGAAUUCGGUUGUCUCAUUCAAUAGCUUCUACUGUUAAUGUAAACAUAAUGCGCCUUUGCACUUAAUCCCCAGGUCGUACCUUAAACUUCCAUCUAUAUUUCGAUGAUUGUAGUAACCUCCGACCGAGGGGUUCGCGUUGGUUUCUUAUGUAAGACAAACUACUUCAUAUACCUGAUAAUGUAUAUGUAUGAACUACUCUCCGGGUAUGAUAUGUUCGACUUUGUGAUACA